GUAUAAUAUCGUUUUUCUUUCGGGAUUAGCGGUGUCAUGUCAUAAUAAGAUGAGUUGCGAAUAUAUAAGCCUCGUUUCAGUGGUGCUGGAUUAAACGCUCGAGACCAACCACCCGGCGAGCCAUGUCGAAAAUUCUCAUCGUCUGUUGUGUCGCUCUCAUCGUUUCGGUGGCUGGUGGUGCAUCGGUAACACGUGAACAAGGUUCGCUAGAUGCUGCCAAGGAUGCGUGUAUCAAUUCAAUACGAGAAACAUACAGCGACAUGAUGAUGAACUAUGCGUUCAAUCACCUCUGGGAUAACCGAGUCGUUUAUUUUGUGGGAUUGCAAAAGCCGGUCAGAGAGGGAUUCCGAUCUAUCACUGACCUCAUGGAUGAGGUACGAGACGGAAAGGAUCCGAUAAAUGUAGAAAACGGUGGGCCGAUCCUUUUCACACCCCGUCAUGUGUUAUGCAACGAAACGAUUGUUGCAAAAUUAAGAAAAAUCGUGAAAAGGUACAUUAAAAAAGUAUCUUCAACAGCGACUUUAGCAUCCAGUAGUCAUCGAUACGUCAACUACUUAUCAAAUUCCAAAAGACGAAAAUAUAACGAAAAGCGACUGAAGCAAAAAAAAAAAAAACAUUCGUCAAGCUGGUGUAACAUUUUGGAAUGA